UCUAAGCCCCUGCCAAGGAGCAGGAAAACUGCAUUUAAAGCACCUCCAACAGAUGGCCAUCCAGCAUCUGUUUAAAAGUCUACAAAGAAGGAGCCUCCAACACAUUCUAGGGCAGAGAGUUCCACAGCUGACAGCUCUCACAGUUAGGAAGUUCUUCCUAGGACUUUCUAGGGGGAAAUUAAUUUUGAGUCUUCUUUGCCUAAUGGCCUUCUGUGCCUCAUUUAUCAUGAGCAAUUAGAAAGAGGACAUAUUUUCAUGUAGUGUUUCUUUUUUUCUUCUGGUUUGGUCUAGCCAUUAUGGUUGUGUGGUAGAAAUAGAUAGAAUAUUCAAAUAGUGUAUUAAAAAUGUGUUGGGAAAGUUUGAUAAAGAAGAUCCUAGGCUAAGAAGAAUCUGUUCUGUUCCGGAGUUAUUCUUAUCAAUUCUUUCUUCUCCUCUCCAUUUUAUCAUUGCAUCAAACCUAUGAAGCAAGACAUGCAUAGUGAGAGCAAGAGGGGGAUUUCACUCAGGGGCUUCAUAGCAUAUAACCUGGAUCUUUUAGGAUCAACUCCAAUCUUCUAACACAACAUGCCCAGGAAGCUCCAUGGUUUCUCCAAUUCUGACUUUAUUCUCUCCUAAGAUCCACCACUGAUAACAUGGUCAAUAGGUACUAGAACCUAUGUUUCUCAAAUGUUCUCACCACAACCACGCAUUUUUUGCCUUUUCAGGUACACAUUCAACAUUCAAGGACUCAGUCAUGUCUUUCAAGGUGUGUUUUCUCCUUGCCUUCCUCGUGGCCACUGCUCUGUUCCAAGGAAGUGAAGGCACAUCCUACAGCGACUUCUUGAAAAGGCACCUGGACAACCCGAAGUCUGACUAUCAGAAUGACGAGACUUACUGCAACCUAAUGAUGAGUCGCAGGAACCUGAACUGCCAGCAGGGUAACACUUUCAUCCAUGCUGUUGAACAGCAGUUGGUUGACAUCUGCAAUUCCACAGGGAAAGUUCUGGAUGGGAACCAAACCAGCAAAACACUUUUCCCCAUCACAGUCUGCACCCUACAGAAGGGCUCCAACAAGCUGUCCUGCAAGUACAAGGGGGAGACGAAAAUCAAGAAGAUUCGGGUUACCUGCCAGAAAGGCCUCCCUGUUCAUUAUAUUGCCCAUACAUAAGUGUGGAGGGAAAUGUGGGGCUGGAAGAGAUAGGGCUUAUUAUGUGAUCCCACCUUCACAACAGCGUUUUCUGCAAAGCAUCUCUUUCUCACACAGAGCUCAUUAUAAUUCUGUGCCUAGAAGCAGCUGCUCUCCCUAGUUCAAAAUCUAACUUUGGUGACUGAUGUUUCCUUUAUGAUUUAAGUCUAUGCAACACAUUGCCAAAUAUGGAUUCUAAAUUAGUGUCAAAACAAUAAUAGUCAUGGUAUCUUUGAAUCCAGGAAUGUGCCUUUCUAAGUCAGUUUGUAGUUUCCUGGUUAAUUUCUGUAAUACAAUAAACAAAAACUAUUACUAAUCCAUUUCAUUGUUCUUCUCUGUAUUCUUCUGCCUUCAUGUGUUCUUUAUGCAACACGGCACACUCUGCUCUCACCUAGGAAUGGAAAUAAUAUU